UAAAACGAUUACUUUUGUCCUACCGUAGUCUGUUUAGACAGUUGCUUAAAAUGUCUGAUUAUAUUUCAGAUAUUGAUAAUUGUGUACAGUUUUAUAACAGGAUCUAUGAACAACAUUCUUUUAAUCAACAUGAAGGUUUUUCUAACACCUCAGAUGUAAAUCGGUUAAAAGCAAAUUUUGGAAUCGAAAGAGAUGUUUACAGUCAACGUUUCGGUCAGAGAAGAUGCAAUCAGGAUAGCAAUUUUUUUGAACAGGACUGCUAUCAAAAGGACAAGAAUAAUCUGAUUGAAAGCAUGGAUGUUUCCGACUUCAGACAACUCGAGCGACUGUCGGCAAAUCUGAUACAGUUGCUUAAUGAGGCUAGACAGAAUUCUGCAAAAUUGAAAUCAAAAUGUGGUAAUACGAGUAGACCAGUUUACAGUCACGGACGUGCACCGAACAGACAACGAUGCUGUCCACAUUGUGUUGCGGCCAAUGAGCAUGUUUCGGUCAAGAUAGGAAAAGAUCAUCAGCAAAAUAUUCAAACACAUAAUGCUGAACCGAUAAUGGGACAGAUUAACUAUAUGCCAGAAAGAGUGACAUGUACACCACAAGUGCCUUCUACCAAUGUUUCUCUGUGCGGAACAUUAAUUCCUGAAAACACCCCUGCUAUGACGGGUUUGACAGGGACAGGAUUUAACGAUACGUCUUCAAUAAGUUCUCUUGAUGAAAGUGAAAAAGAUCGAAAAAAGAAAAAUAACAAACACAGCAAAAUGGAAAGGAAGAAACGAUCAAUUGUUACCAACAGAAUGGCAGAAAUUGAAGGCUUGGUUCCAGCAAACGCUAAACGGUCAUCUUGCAUGCAGAAACGACCAUUUCUAAAAGAAUCGGCUGAUUAUAACAAAUCAUUCCAAACGGACCAGGACCAAGUAAAAAUAUUACAAGAUAAGGUCGAUGAUACUGGUCGUGAACUUAGACAUUUAAUACAGAGGAUCGAGCGAUUAGAGACUAAAGUUUCAACACGCUUUUCACACAAAAGAAUGUUUGACCGUCAGUUCGGCGAAGCUAAUGACAUACAUAGCAGUUCCCUACCACCAGAUGAACCUGAUAGGAACCUUCAACAACAUCAUUCUAAUACGAUAGUAACUGUUCCUCAAAUACUGCCACUGCAUGACUCUUAUGAUGUCAUAUCAGCACCAAUCUCUGUUGAUUCUCUUACAUCUGUACCUAGUACCUGUAGCUCAGGAAUGGACAUAAGCGAUAUGAAUUGUUAUCUUUGAUUCAACAAUGUUAAUAUGUAAUUUUGAUAAAUGUCUCAAAGAAUGAACAGAAUAAACUAUUUCGUCUUAUUCACUUGACCUGAAGUCAAGAGUUUCAUCAAGCUCUCCUAACUUGACAACAUAUUUACCGGUAUUUUUGUGUACGAAUGUUAAUUAUUCAACAACUUUAAUCACUAUUUCUCAUUCUACGAUGUGUUUCAAUUUGAGAACUUGUAUUUUGUUAGUUUAUCCGUUUCGAGUUCUCUAUUUGUUUCCUUUUCUAGUGUUCUGUCAUUAACAU